UCAUCAUACAGUUGUCUAGUUUGUUUACAAGUGUAGCCCGCUAACGAGAUUCCACCUCUUCAAAUAUUUCUCGCCUAAUAAUAGUCCCAAGAAGCAUUCGUGCGAAUUAUUUAGACGCUUAGCCAUUUUUAGCUCAGAUUAUGUAUAUAGAACCAAAUAAUGUCCCCCAGUGAUGGAAUAGAUACGCGCAGAGGUUGUGAACCAGACACUUCGAUCUUGUUGGAGAAUGAGCGGAAACUUGACCGGGUGCUAUGAUGAUGGAAAUAUAAAGCUCCGACUAUUUAGGGACGAAACGACAUCGAGGACAAUAUGCCCGGAGUAAAGCGACAGCGCGACAAUGAAAGUGACAACGACGAGGGCGAACAGGACCAAGAAUCUGAUUCGGAAGGAAGUUCUUUAGAAGAGUCGAUCUCAUCGGAUGGGUCAGAGUCUGAUGAUUCCUCAGAGUUAGAUGAAGAAGAAUGUGACAGACGACGAGGUGAAUACUUGGCUGAUCUGUCAGACCUUGAGCGGCAGUUUUCUCUUCUUAGAGAACAAUUAUAUCGUGAACGGGUUACUCAAGUCGAAGCAAAGCUGGAGGAAGUGCGAGUAGGUCAAGCAACCGAGUACCUGAUGCCUCUUGAGGAGCUUCAAGAGGCAAUGCGUGUUCGACUCGAAGUCGCAUGCAUUUUACGUCAAUACCGUCUACAGAAUAUUCAAAACAAAUAUGAAGCAGAAAUGCUGGCAGCAAAGCAGAACUUUGAACAGAAUGAAAAAGUCAUGUUGUGGGACACAAUUGAAAGUGAACUGGAGGAGAAGAUCCGUCGGUUAGAGGAAGACAGAAAUAAUGUAGAUGUAACGAGUCAAGUGUGGGCUGAACAGAAUCUUCACAGAAAACGCAGAAGACACAGACAGGGUUCCAACAGUUCAACAGACCGUAGACGCAAAAAACCAACUACAGUGUCUGGGCCGUACAUAGUUUAUAUGUUGAAAGAAUCUGAUAUAGUAGAUGAUUGGACAACUAUUAAGAAGGCACUCACGGCAUCAAAAAGAAAAUCUAAAUUUGGGAAAAUAACCUCCCCACGACACUUUCCAGAAGCUUUCUAGGCCUCCCUAAAAUAUGAAUAUUGGAGUUACUGUUGAUGUGAAACAUCAUCAUCUCUAUUGUCCAUAAAGGAGAAAGUGGUGCACUGCUAGUUCCACUGAUUGGGAUUUCAGGAAGACCUCAGUAUUGGCUUUGGUUUUUGGAAGUUCUUCAUGAUUUCUUCCCAGAAUUUUCUUGACUUUUAUUUUAAUAUUUCAGUGUUUGUGUUUGUGAUUUUUGUUAACCCCUUGGUUCAGUGGACUCAAGUAGUGUUUUGGAAUUACAAAUUAUAAUUGGCAAUGUUUAAUUUUGCUCUCGGUCCAGUGAGAAAUGGCCUUUGUAACAUAAUUAUGUUCUGUCAUAGUGUAUAUUCUAAUUUUUAUUUGGAAAUCAUUAGAUUUUUUGUAUAUUUUUAAUUCUUAGUUUAACCUUAUUUAAUAUUUGAGGCAUAUCCAUGUGUACAUAGACUUAUUUAUUGGUAUAUCUACAAAAUUUAGCCUCUCUUUGUAGGUAGUAUAAAGUUAUCAGUUUCCUUUGGAUUCCAAAUUUAAAUCUAAAUAUUUAAGUAAAUACAUAAUAAAGUGAUAGAAAUUUUAUUUUAGCAAUAUUUGAUGUUUUCUUAAUUAUAUGCAUUUACUUACACAGUAUGGAAGUCCCCCUCCUUAACUUAUUCUCUUGAAACUGAGGUGGAUAGUGGAUAAAAAUAACGAUGGCAGCAAAUUGUAUCAAAAGGAAGGAAAAGUUCUUAGGUUUACUUACUAGGCAGAUAUUAAAACUGUCUAAUAUCUCAAGAAAUCUGAGAAAAAUGGUUUUUAACCUUACACCCAGCCAUUCAAUAACACCUCGGAGAAGAAUUGACAAAAUGUUCAGUGUUUGGGUGCUAUGUAAACUUUUGCUGUAUAUUACACAAUUACAGAACUGUAUAGGAUGAGGUAGCAAAAUGCACAUCCUUGACUUUGGCUUAACACAGUGGUGGUCAGUGCCUUUCUCAGCCUUUUCCCUGUCGAGAAUUAGGGAGGGAGUGGGUGCUCUGCAACUGACCUACCUCCGCUAUUAAUGAUUAGGAAUAUUUUUAUAUCAAGUGUCCUAAUUCACCCAGAGAGACAGGUGUCUGUAUAUUUGAGUUUUGGUGAAACUUUUGAAACUGGUACUUUUUCAUUUGUCUCGGUAAGAGUUUUUUUUUUCUUUUAUAAAGAUGUUAUCAUUUAUUAGAUACUGUAAAUAAACCUGAUAAAUACUAGUCCUAUAAAUUUCCUGAUUUUUUUGGUUAAACUGUUAUGAAUUUACCGUAAGAGCCCCAAUCCUAGCAUGAAAAGAGGAUGUUUAAAUCUCACUCAAGUUUCAUGACACAUUCCAAAUUUUUGCUGUGAACUAACAUAGAAAGUUAUGUCUUCAUUCUUAUGAGUGUGUGACAGGUAUGGUUAUUUUUCUUUCGUGUAUACUGUAUAGAUUUUCUUUUUAUGCUGCUGCUGUAUUUUUCAUCUACCUGUCCAUCUGUUCAUAAAAAGGGUAUAUAGAACUUGAUGUUAUUUGGUCCUUCAGGAGCGCUGUUUUGGAAGUAUAGUGACACCUCAACAUAUCAGAUUUUGUUAAAUGUGGGAUGUUUCAGAUUGAGCAUAUUUUUAGAAGGAGAAAAAUGAUAAAUAACUUAGUAUUUUGAAUGGUAAUGACAACGUACUAGUUAGGAUAAGCUACUGAGUACUUUAUAUGGCAUUGCUGUACAACUAAGCAAUGCAAGCAAGUUGGUACCAGUGUAAAUCUAUGUUACUUGACAGAUUUUAUACGUAUCAGGAGGGCAGGUGCCCAGAUGUCCAUGAAGUUGAGGUGCCACUGAAAUAUUAUUUAUUUUAAGUUGCAGUGGUGGUUAUGAAUUGUGGUGUAUACAUUCAUUCCAUAUGCUGACAACUAGAUAAAAAUUGUUUUUCUGAAGAGUGGAAAUUAAAUUCUAUCAAGCCUUUUUUAUUUAUUUGUAGAGUCAUUGUUAAAAUUUGUCAGUUUGUGACCUUUAAUAUAUCCUAAUGUGGUCAAUUUUGUACUGUCUUUUAAAGCAAUUCUGAAGGUUUCACUAGGGAAAUUUUUGGUAGAAAAUGGAUUUUGUAAUGAUUUAAAAUUGGCACAACCAAGAAUUGAGUGCAGCAUUAUAUAUCUGAAAUUCCUGUCUUUUUCCAGAGGUCACAACUGGUUUAUGAGUGACCCAGUACACAGUGGAAGGAGUUUUACUUGCUUUGAGAAUGGACUAGAUGCAAUAUCUGUACUUCAUUGUAGAUUAAUUAGUUGCUCCUCUUUUACUUCAAAAUUAUCUAGAUAACUUCGUCGUUUGUUUAAUGUUUAUAUCAGUUAUGUAUUGUUUUGUAUCGUAGCACUGAACCCUGACAAUUUUUUAGAUGAAUCUAAAAUUACUGAAUCUCCAGUUCAUAAUCUUUCUCUUGCAUUUUUAAGUAUAUUUUUUAAUUUGACAAGUUGGAUGUUAAAUUUGAGUAAAAUUGGGGCCUGUGGUCUUCACAACCCAUGUUCAGAGCAGUAAUAUAAGCGCCACAGAUAUCCUAAGGUAAGAGUGUCAUAUGUUAUUUCAGCGGGUACUUGACGAGCAUUAAAGUAGAAAAUACUUUAUUAUUCAGAGAUCAAUUUUGUCAGUUUCAUAAUAAAAAAUUUAAAGUAAAA